UUAGAAGCAGCAGUUUUGGUUUUACAUGCAGACAAACUCAACGUGUAAUCCAAUCCAAGCCAAGAUAUCUUGCUGCGCGCGCGAAGACAAUCUGGCAGAUCGGGCCAUCGGGCAGUCAUUGUCGUGUCGUCGUCGUAAACGUCAUGACCGCGAAAAUGGCACGAGCUGCGGAUAGCCACGAACGCCUUGCAGCCUUGCUAAGUGAAAUGCUCAACGACAAGGUGACCCGACGAGAAGUCGAAGCCCCGACGAGCGAAUUUAUGACGAAAGUCUUCUACGGCGUUUUCAAGGAGGCGGGCCUGAACGAGACCGCCUUCGAAAUGUCCCAAUUCCUCGUGCCGGCACACGUGAGCAGCUUCGUGCCAACAUUACACCUCAACAAACUGAUGCAGGUGGUCUUUACGAAGCUGGGCGUCCCCGACUUCGGCCUAUCCGACAUCAGCGACCCGGAGCCGAAGCGCAGUCGUAAGCUGCUCUCGAUACUCUGCAACUUCUGGGUGCGACUGGGUCGGCAGUGGAACAUGUGGUCAGACAUCGAGGUGGGCCUCGCCGCCGCGAAAACUGACCGCGAAGCCAAAAGAGCCCAGCUGGACGCGGUCAAGGCCAAGGUCAACCAGCUGUCCCAGCAUCCCGGCAUCAACCCGGAGAGGCUGGCGGCAGCGCAAGGGGAGCUCGCGGCCGAAAACAAGGCGCUGGCGACCAAGGAGCCAAAGCAGGCGGUUGUGAUGAACGACUAUAAGAACUUAAAAAGUGCCAAAUGCCAGGUGACCGAGCAGCUGAAGAAAAGUGAGGUGGAGGUCCUCGACCUGAGGCCUGCAGUGCACGACGUCCAAGCCAGAAUCUGCCAUUCGCCAGAGCGGCAGCGAUGGUGCUUGGCUGAGGAAGCGGAGACAGCGUCUCAGCUGCAGGAGGAGCAUUGUCAUCUGCAAACCAGGGUAGAGGAGUUGCGCCGCAAGAUGCAGAAGGCUCCGAGAGAGCGAGAGGCCUCGACCAAACUCAAGACCCAGCUGCACUCCAGCCUGGCCGUUGCGCAGCGUCUGGAGUCAUUGGUGCAGGACAAGGACAACGCGUCUGCGCGCAGGAAGAGUGCGGAGGACAAAUACCACCGCCUGCUGAAGGAGAGGGAGGCAGUGGCCGAAAAGAAAAGCCAGCUGAACGGCCAGACAGCGUUCCAGCACCAGGCCAUGCAGUCCCAGCUCAGUUUCAAGAAGGAGCAGUUGGUCCAAGCGAAGCAGCGCCUCGAGGAGCUCCAUCUCGAGCGCCAAGAGGUGGUCUGCUCCAAGGAUUCCGAGGUGGCAGGCUUGGAUGCUGAAAUCCGUCAAGUCCAGGACGAAGCGAAAAAGGUUCGGCAGUCCUUGGCGGACAAAGUGGCCGAGACGAGACUGAACUCGCAGCGAGUCUUUGCGAGACACGAGGCCAUGCUCAAAAUGGCCGAGAAGGUGUUCUUUCCCGAGGACGAAGAACCCUCCAAAGAUGCGGAGGGUGCAUCUAAUCUGUAACAACCGUGCCCGCACCCUUUUUUUUUUUGCUUUGUAUUUUUU